AUGAUUAUUGGUAAGGACCUUGGUAUUGCUUCUUUUGCAAUGGAACGUUUUGUUUGCUUCCUUGUUCUAUUUUCUGCCACAAGGGCGACAGUUACUCCGAAUCUUUGUUGCUCAAAACAUUCAUUAACAGCUGAUCUUCACCAGGUCACUGGAUCAUACGUCAACGGUACUCCUUCUACUCUGGAGGUUUCAAUGAAGUUAUAUUAUGACUACGAUAAUUUGAUGAUGAAAAUGGAACGACAAGAUGGUACAACUAUCGUGCAGGAUUUUAAUCACAAAAAGCAGUAUACACUGUCUAGAAAAUCAUGUAGUAAAAAUGACUUACCUAAUGGAUCAAAUAUGCAGCCACCAUGCAUACAAAGCAAUGCUACAUACAGAGGAAGGAAUACUAUCGGUGAUGACGUAGCUUAUGACGUGGACACAUGGUUUAUUGAGAGCUCCUCAUGGGGAAACCUCACAGUAUCUGUAUUGUCACAUGAUUGUACCCUGGUAGUGCAAGGAAUCAGUACAAAUGCAAACAAUGUUGUGUCGCAAACAACAAUAUUUUACCACAACGUACAAUAUACAACUCUAGAGGCAACAACAUUCCAGGUACCACAGAAUUGUUCAGAGAGCUGAACAAUUAAACAUAGCAUAUUUAAAAUAAACGCAUAUUAACUUG